AUGACUGAUUUCAAGGGAUUGAGCCUUCAAGGCAAGGUUGCUAUCGUGACUGGGGCAUCCCGAGGCUUGGGUGCAGGUAUUGCUGAGCUGCUAGGCAAGCGUGGAGCGAACGUGGUGGUCAAUUACGUCUCCGAAAGCAGCCGCGAGCGCGCGGAAAAGGUCGCGAAAACUGUCGAAUCCAACGGAACGAAAGCCAUUGUCUGCCAGGCAGACGUUAGCAAGCUGGGAGAUAUCCCCAAAAUUGUCGACAGCGCGCUGAAGAUCAGCCCCUCGGGCAAGAUUGACAUCGUUAUUCAUAACGCCGCCCAAGGCAACGAGGCCAAUCUUGUCGAUACCACUCCCGAAUUUUACGAUCGUCAUUUCGACACCAACGUUAAAGGGCCGAUAUUCCUUACCAAGGCGGUCGAACCGCAUCUUCCAAAGGGUGGUCGCAUCGUUUUCAUCUCGUCCGCUGGAGCUCGCCUGGGCGUCGCAGGUCAGACAGUGUACGCGGCGACAAAGGCUGCGAAUGAGGCUCUCUGCCGGACUUGGGCGAAGGAGUUAGGUCAAUCGCAUGGUAUCACGGUGAACAGCGUCAAUCCUGGACCCAUUGCUACGGACCAGUGGUUCCAGAGUGAUGAACAGUUUUUGAAGGACAUGCAGCCGUUGAUCGAGUCUACCCCAGCGGCUGCCCGAGUGGGAGAAGUGGAUGAUAUCGCGCCUUUGGUGGCCUUCCUGUGUUCGGAGGAUGCCCGAUGGACCACAGGAUCUACCCUUUCGGCAAAUGGAGGCCUGUACAAUUAG